AUGAGUUCUGAUGAAGAAUAAGAUAAUUAUAAUGAAGAUUAGAUAAUCAAUUUGAUUUCUGCAUUACAAUAGAAAAGUAAUUCAUAUUCUUAUAUCAUUAUAGUUAAGACUAAUCGUACUAAUAAUGGUUUAAUCAAAACUAAUAGAACUACUGAUUCUGAUAAUUGGAAUGAAUUCAAAGAAACUUAAAAAGAAAAACCAUAGUUAAAUCAUUUUGUUAAUUCAAAUGAAUUCAGUUUACAAAGAGAAUAAUCAAAACAUUCUAGUAUAUCAGAAAAUUUAAGUGAUUUUAUUGUUAGAACAGAUAAACCUGUUAAAGAAUCUUAAUUAAAGUCUUAAUAAAAUUAAGUCCAAGAUACAAAUGAAUUGGUAAUUGAAUAAAAUUAAUUUUAGUCUGAAUUAAAAUAAAAGAUGGAUUAUUUACUAAAUUAAAGAGAAAAAGAUUAAGAGAUGUUAGAAUAGAUUAAUGCAGGAUUGAUGUUUUUAAUUAGUUAGAUUCCAAAACCUAAAUAAACAAAUUCAAUUGGAGUUUAGACAAUUACAUAAAAGGAGAAUUCUUAAAAUUAAUCUACUCCAAAUGUUAAAAAAACAGCCUAAUAAACUGUAUAAUAAAUGUUUUAAGAACCAGAUAGAUAUGCAUUUCAAGAGAUUAGAAACUUUUGUUUUAAGCGUUGAUUUAAGUCUAAUUAAAG